AUGCGGUUUAUUCCAACUACAUAUGUCAAAUCCGCGUAUCUGGAACCAUUAUUUGUUUCCUGUGUUGCACCCGGAAGCAUCUUGCUGUCACACUGACGCUCUGAAAUCUGAUGUAAUGUGUUGAGGAGAAGCCGGGGCUCAUUGAUCAGCACACGGGUAAAAUAUGGCAGACUGUCAGGGAGACGUGAAUUGUAACCUGACCCCCAUGGAAGUCUACGAGAAACUGAACCUUCAAGGAGACCAAGUCCGAUCUCUGAAGUCAGAGAAAGCUGCUAAAGCCGAGAUCGAUGCUGCUGUACAGCUGCUGCUAAAGCUGAAGGUUCAUUACAAAACACUCACAGGGCAGGAGUACAAGGCCGGCUGCCCCCCCGCCACUCAGGAGGUUUCCUCAAGCAAUAACGGACCAGCUGCGGAGGACGGAGAUGACCAGGUGGAUCCCUGGAACGUGUCCACCACCAGUGCCAAAGGAGUGGAUUACGACAAGCUCAUAGUGAGAUUCGGAAGCAGUAAGAUUGAUCAGGAGCUGGUCGACAGAAUAGGCAGAAUCACAGGACAAACACCUCACCGCUUCCUCCGCAGAGGAGUCUUCUUCUCUCACAGAGACAUGCAUCAGGUUCUGGACGCCUACGAGAACAAGAAGUCGUUCUUUCUGUACACGGGCAGAGGGCCUUCCUCGGAAGCGAUGCACAUGGGCCACCUUAUCCCCUUCAUCUUCACUAAGUGGCUCCAGGAUGUGUUUAACGUCCCUCUGGUCAUCCAGCUGACCGAUGACGAGAAGUACCUGUGGAAGGACCUGACGCAGGAGCAGUGCCACCGCUUCGCCGUGGAGAACGCCAAAGACAUCGUCGCCUGUGGAUUCGACGUGAACAAGACGUUCAUUUUCUCAGAUCUGGACUACAUGGGCAUGAGUCCGGCAUUUUAUAGAAACGUUGUGACGAUACAGAAGCACGUCACGUUCAAUCAAGUCAAAGGCAUAUUCGGAUUCACAGACAGCGACUGCAUCGGGAAGAUCAGUUUUCCUGCAAUACAAGCAGCUCCUUCCUUCAGCAGCUCUUUCCCGCAGAUCUUCAACGGCAGGAAAGAUUUGCAGUGUCUCAUCCCCUGCGCUAUUGAUCAGGACCCAUAUUUCCGCAUGACGCGAGACGUCGCCCCUCGAGUCGGCUUCCCCAAGCCCGCUCUCCUGCACUCCACUUUCUUCCCUGCGUUACAGGGAGCUCAGACCAAGAUGAGCGCCAGUGACCCAAACUCCUCCAUUUUCCUGACUGACACGCCCAAACAGAUUAAGACGAAGGUCAAUAAGCAUGCAUUCUCUGGGGGUAAGGACACGAUCGAGGAGCACAGGAAAUACGGGGGAAUCCCAGACGUGGACGUCUCAUUCAUGUACCUGACCUUCUUCCUAGAGGAUGACGAACAGCUGGAGAAAAUCCGACAGGAUUAUUCCAGCGGAGCGCUCCUGACUGGUGAACUUAAGAAACUUUUAAUCGAAACCCUUCAGCCAAUGAUCGCAGCUCACCAGGAGAGACGCAAACACAUUACAGAUGACAUCGUGAAACAGUUUAUGACUCCACGGAAGCUCGACUUCAACUUCUAAUACAAGGGAUGGAAUGGAACUUUUAUUAGUUAAAUUAACAUUAAAUUAUCUUCUGGCUCAAAUGUACUGUACAUCAUCGCAAUAUCCACAACACACCAGGACCACUCGUAUCACAAGGUUAAACAAGCAAACCAAAAAAGUUAGAUUUAUGUCCAGUAAGCUGUCAUGAAGGAAAAAAAAAACAGAUGGAUAACAGCCGCAGUCAUCCAGUCUGGACUUUCUGUAGUUCAGUAGAAGUGUCCAGGUCACAAGGUCUAAAGAUGCCAGAGGCAUUAUUCAUAUGUUUACAUUUUGACAGACGAAAACAAUCACAUGUCUCUAACGUAUAACGUCUGCAGUACCGUCUGUGAAGGCGAACAUUAUGUAAUAGUGAUGUGUGAAUACCAUGUUAUAAAAUAUCAAAUUAAAGAUAAUAGUACAACACUCAA